CCCCCUCAAAACUCAAAACAAGCUCCGUUGUUGAGUAUGCACGAGAGAGAGGAUGGAAGCACGCCCAUAACUGCUUUGGAUGCAGACUGCCAGAGAUGACUGAGACAUCUCUAUAAAAAGGAGUCUGGGGGGGCAGGAGAGACGGAAGUAGAGACUGAAAUCACAGGAGAGAGUUCUUUGGGAACCAAAUUUUAGGGGGAGAGAUUUGAAGCAAAGCAAAGGAGGGUAAUUACUAAUUCGGCAAGGAGUAGGCUCGGAGGGAGAGAGAGUCGAGAUUUCAGAGCGGAGACACAGAGGAUUUCUGAAGAAGGCUUUUGAGAAUGGGAAGGAUCAUUUGGGGAUAAAACCGAGAGGUAUUGAGAGUGGGAAAAAAAAAAAAGAAGUUAUCGAGAAAUUGAGAUAGGAUUGAGCUCCAGAGCUGGAAGUUUGAUACACGUUGUCUUCAUAUUGAAGCCAGGCUCCAUCUGAUAGAAAAAGGAGAGAAGAUGUCAGUCCUGAUUGUAACAAGCUUGGGAGACAUAGUUGUUGAUUUGUUUACAGACAAGUGCCCCUUAACGUCAAAGAACUUCUUGAAGCUCUGCAAGAUUAAGUAUUAUAAUGGAUGUCUGUUCCACACAGUGCAAAAGGACUUCACGGCACAGACUGGCGACCCAACUGGAACAGGAACCUCUGGUGAUUCUGUUUAUAAGUUUUUAUAUGGUGAGCAGGCUCGUUUUUUCAGUGAUGAAAUUCAUCUUGACUUAAAACAUUCAAAGACUGGCACUGUUGCCAUGGCCAGUGCUGGAGAGAAUCUGAAUGCUUCUCAGUUCUAUUUCACAUUGCGAGAUGACCUAGACUAUCUGGAUGGGAAACACACUGUUUUUGGAGAGGUUGCAGAAGGGUUUGAAACUUUAAGUAGGAUAAAUGAAGCUUAUGUGGAUGAGAAGAACAGACCAUAUAAAAAUAUCCGAAUUAAACAUACAUAUAUAUUAGAUGAUCCUUUUGAUGAUCCUCCCCAGUUGGUUGAGUUGAUACCUGAAGCUUCUCCAGAAGGAAAACCAAAAGACGAGGUUGAUGAUAAUGUGAGGCUUGAGGAUGAUUGGGUGCCGAUGGAUGAACAAUUAGGUGCAGCAGAGCUUGAGGAAGUUCUCCGUUCAAAGGAUGCACAUUCUAGUGCAGUUGUGCUUGAGACUAUUGGGGAUAUCCCUGAUGCUGAGAUAAAGCCUCCUGACAAUGUACUGUUUGUUUGUAAACUGAAUCCUGUCACUGAAGAUGAGGACUUGCAUACAAUCUUUUCACGAUUUGGAACUGUGAUAUCGGCUGAGAUAAUCCGUGAUUAUAAAACUUGGAGACAGUUUGUGCUAUGCCUUUCAUUGGUGAAGUUUGAGAAUAAAGAGGCAUGUGAACAAGCAUACUUCAAGAUGGAUAAUGCUUUAAUUGAUGAUAGAAGGAUACAUGUGGAUUUCAGUCAAAGUGUUGCAAAACUUUGGUCCCAGUAUAGGCGCAAAGAUAGCCAAAUGGGGAGAGGAGGAGGUUGCUUCAAAUGUGGCUCUCUUGAUCAUAUUGCUAAAGACUGUGCUGGCAGUUCUGCUACUAACCAACAUCCUAAAUACAUCCUAAAAGAAGACAACAGACAGCACGGUGGAGAUAACUAUGAAAUGGUGUUUGACGAGGAUGCCUCUGGAAGUCCCAAGCGAGAGAAGAGACGUAGGGACCAUGAUCAAGAUGAGAGAUUAGAAAAACAAAAAACUAGCAGGCGGGUUCCCCAUGACCUGCAAGAUGGGGAUCGGCAAAAGAAAUAUUCAACUGAUAGGCACAGACAGAAGGAUGAACGGAGCUCAGAAGAUGGGAUGCAUCGAGACAGGAGAGCAAGUCAGUCUGGUGGUAACAGAAGAGACAUGGACUUUCUAGAAGAGAGCGGGGACGGGAAGAAGCCUAUGGAGAGACACAGAGAAAGAGAUGAAAACAGGAGAGAUGAGCGGGAUUAUAGAAGACAAACUGGUUAUAUGGAUGGUCAUAGAGAUGGGAGGGACAACGGAGAGUAUAGAAAGCGCAGUGUAGAUAACCGUAAAGAACGCGGAGAUGGAGGAGAUUACAGAAAAAGAGAUGUGGAUAAUGAUCAUCAUGUGGGAAGGGAUGAUGGUGACCGUAGUAGGAGAGGUGCUGACACUGGUAGCCAAGGGGACAGGAGAGAUGACAGAGAUUAUGGGAAGAGAAACGCUGAUGGCAACAGGGAAGAGUUGAGAAAUGGAGAUAGCUAUAGGAAAAGUAGUGCAGUAGAUGAACGUUAUAAAGGAAGGAAGGAGGAGCGAGAACCUAGACAUCAUAGUAGAACCAAAGAUUAUGAUAACAAAGGAAGGAGGGAAGAGAGAGAACCGAGACAUCGAAGUGACAGAGGGUGAUUGGUCCUUUUAAGAUGCGUGUUAUCCUUUUCGGGGGCCAUUUUCUCUCCUGCCUAAAAGAUGAUCAUGCCUAAGAUUAUUACACAGCUGAAUUGGGAUGUCAUGCGGUUAUUUUUUCGAAAUGUGGAUGGGUUCGUAUGAUGGAAUUCUUUUAUUACAUGC